AUGGUAUUCCAAAACAUUAACUCAAUCAGUGUGGAUACGGUAUUAGUCAUCCAAAAAGACUUAGAACCUUAUGACAUGACUUCUUUAGUGUUUCUUUUGUAUGAGAUUCCAGAUACAGCACUUCAACGUUUGACUGUUUAUCAAAAAGUGUCCAAGGAUAUUGAUAACGAUACCAUGAAUUUGCUCCACCACUGGGCAUCUCAUGCACAGACAAGACCAUCCUGGAAACAUGAGCUUUUAGAAGCUCUAUGUAUUUGCAGACUGUAUAACAUCAUUAGAAAACUAGGUUUCGAUGUAACUUCUGUAAAACACCAAUAUCAGCCUAGCAAUAUGAAUUUUACUGCCCACAUAAGUAUUAUUAAGAAGAUUUUAUAUAGAUUAUGUGAAAGUGUAAACUCUGAAUUACUUCUUAGAUUAAAGAAAACAUUACUUACAUAUGGCAUAGACACUACAACACAUGAGAGUUGUGAAUUAAUCCUAUUAGAACUAAUGUGCCAGAAGUUUGUUGUUUUUAAACAAACCAAAGAAAUGAAAAUAGAUUUUAGUAAGUUAACAGAAAUUCUGGAACAUUUCCCAUCAUUAUGUUCCUUCGCUAGUCUUCUCACCGAUGUUGAAAAUAAACUAAAUAAGACAGAAGAGUCUUUGGUGCAGGAUAUAGAAUUAACUACUCCCACAAAGAAAAAUUUGGAAUGUAAAGAUUCAGAUAAUGUUAAAGUGCAAUAUGAUGCCAGCGAUUUAGAUGAGUUUUAUGAGCACUUCAACCAAUUAAACCUGAACUAUGUACCAAGUGAUUUAACAACGGAUAAGAGACAAUCCUUUAAAGAUUCUUAUCCCAUUUUAAAUCCUAAGCGUGUUGGAGUUUGCUGUAUUAUAAAUCAGGAAGAAUUUCACCCAUCAAAGGAAAACAUAACCCAUAAAAUACAUAUUGAUCUAACAACACGACACGGAUCCACAAAAGAUCAAAUAGCUUUAGAAAACAUAAUGUCUUCACUCAAUUUUGAAGUGAUGGUUCGUAAAAAUUUAGACCAUAAGGAAUUUAUUGAUUUUAUUAAACAUGUACUGAAGAAUUGUGUCCACAAAGAUGACAGUGUGUUUGUACUCUGUAUAUUAUCGCAUGGGGUUAGGGGUCAUGUUUACGCUGCAAAUUCUGUAAAAAUAAAAGUUGAAGACAUUCAAACUUUGCUAGAUACAGAUAUAGCAAUAAAUCUCUAUGGAAAACCAAAAGUUUUGAUUUUACAAGCAUGCCAAGUAGAUGAAGAACCAUCUCCUGCCUCAGAUUUAGUGGCUGAUGGACCUUCCAAGUUCUUUCUACGUAAAUCAGAUUUUCUAAUAUAUUGGGCUACUGCCCCAGAGUAUGAAGCUUUCAGACAGACGUCCAAAGGAUCUCUAUUUAUCCAGUUUUUAUGUAUAGUGUUAAAGAAGAGAGCUCGCAAUGACCAUAUUUAUGAUAUUUUUACACGAGUUACUGAUAUUGUUACAAAUGUCUGCAGCACUGUCAGGAAACAACAAGUACCAAUUUUCGAAUCAACAUUAAGAAGAAAACUAUACCUAUACAAGCCAUUGUGA